AACUCGUCCAGUAACCAAUCAUCUCACCAUGGUUCUCAGUUCGCUAGGCGUAAACAAGCAAUGGUUUUACUACUUGGUUCCGUUAGCUGGCUUCUACUUGGGCUCGAUAUUGGACCGCAUGGAAACGGAACGUAUGGUCAUGUUCCGGGACAAGAGUGAUCUGUACGGACGCAAGUUAAAAGAGGGUGAACAGCCGUCGUGGCCGUGAACGUACGAUUCGGUUCGGUUUUAGAUUAAUAGAUUGCUGAAAUGAGAGUGUAGAAUCACUUCUACAAAGAUAACAAAGAUAACAAAGAAAAUAAAAUCAGAAAUUCGAAUGCAAAAG